AGACAGACCUACCGAAGAAUCACAUAUGUAGAUUCGGCAAGGAUUCAAAGACUGGCGACUGAGAAUCCUCUACUAUUACUACAAUAUCAAUUGAUACAGGGUAACAAUAUUCACUUGUAAUUAAAUGCCCAUUUCAUUGGAGCGCAAUUGAGCUAUUUCGUAUCGUUACAUCAGAUAUUUAGAGUACCAUACACCAUAACCAACAUGAGCGACCACCCAGCUCACAUUCCUGCUUCGUCGCAAGACGGGGGAACCGGAAGCCACGCCAAACAUGUCCACUAUGAAGAUACAGCUUCCCAUGCAAGCGAUGAUGAUGUACACAAAGUAGAGGUCACCUUUGACCCUACAAGCCCACAUCGAAGAAAGAGCUCUCUCGUCCCCUCCGAGCACACACCAAAUGUCGCGAACCAAUAUAUCAAGAAACACUUUUCCUCCGACUGCCUAGUCCACCAAUUGCUCGCGUGCCAUAAGAUCGACGCAGUCUCUAACAGGGACGCUUCCGAUGGCCAUACAUUUAGCACCAGGCACGAAGAUGUCUCUGGGGAGAGAGGCAUGGAUUCGCUUGUCGAGCCGAAAGGGAACAGUGUGAAGAAGGGCAAGCGAUCCGAAAGGAUGUCCGUAAUAGAGCCAGAGAGCGACAGCAGCUCGGCGUCUGGCCAAUUCGACGAGAAGUCAUGGAAGAGCACAGUCGCCAAAAGCAGAUCCGAGCUGGACCUGGCCGGGCUGGAACAUGAGGGCAUUCAUAGUCGGCUACUUACUAAGAAACAACUCACAGAGAUGGCCUGGGGAGUAAGGGAACUGAGCAGACGACUAGGAACGGCGCGUCUGAAAUUCAAGGUGGAGCAAAUCUUCCUUCUGACGAAGGCUUACGAUGAAGAGUUGAUACCGAAGACAAGAGAACUAGCUAGGUGGUUGUUAAGUAAAGACAGAAACGUACGGUAUAUCAUCUAUAUCGAGGAUAUGUUGAGAGAUAACAAACGCUUUGAUUUACCGGGCUUGGUAGAAGAGCUUCGGAAUGAAUACAUUGAAGCGGGAGAUAUGGACGAAGAUACGCCCGCAGAGGUCAUAAGCCGACGGAUACGCGUUUGGACGGAAGACAUGUGUCGGAAAAGACCCCAUACAUUCGACUUCAUCAUCACCCUUGGCGGCGACGGAACAGUUCUGUAUGCGAGCUGGCUCUUUCAGAGGAUAGUGCCUCCUGUACUGAGUUUUGCGCUUGGAAGUCUCGGGUUCCUCACUAAGUUCGAUUUCAAUGAAUACCAGCAGUCUCUGCAUACGGCGUUCACAGCCGGCGUCACCGUGAGCUUGCGAUUACGGUUCGAAGGCACGGUCAUGAGAAGUCAGGAGAGAAAGAGUUCGCUAGAGUCGAACGGCGACACCAGCGGUAAUGGUGCUUCGCCGAGGCGCGACCUGGUGGAAGAGCUCAUCGGCGAGGAGAAAGAGGACGAGCAUACUCACAAGCCGGAUGGCACUUACGAGAUUCUCAAUGAAAUAGUGGUGGACAGAGGGCCGAAUCCAACAUUGGCGAACAUAGAGAUCUUCGGGGAUGACGAACACUUUACCUCGGUGUUGGCAGACGGUGUUUGCGUGUCUACGCCCACUGGAUCAACAGCCUACAAUCUCGCGGCCGGCGGGUCCCUGUGCCACCCAGAGAAUCCCGUCAUGCUCGUCGCGGCGAUCUGCGCGCAUACUCUCUCAUUUCGGCCCAUCAUCUUGCCGGACACGAUUGUGCUGCGUCUAGGAGUGCCCUACGACGCGCGGACCAGCAGCUGGGCGAGCUUCGACGGGCGAAAGCGCGUUGAGCUCCAGCCCGGCGACUAUGUGACUAUCAGCGCCAGUCGUUUCCCGUUCGCCAGCGUCCAGCCCCAGGGGAGACGGAGUGAAGACUGGGUCAACAGCAUUAGCGGCAAGCUGGGCUGGAAUACGCGGCAGAAACAGAAGAAUGAGGGCUUCAAGAAAUGGGAUAAGUAGGUAGUCUCGGUAGUUGGCUACAUACUUAACCUAGCAAUAUGAACCUCGACUCCAGUCGCUUUGGGACCAGAAUUGUUGACACGGUGCUACAUAAUAGAAACUACUCUAGUAGGGUACUAACCAUGUACCUGACGGUGAAACGAAACAGAACCCCAAGCCCCCCAGCUCUUUUCUACUAGGUAAUCCUCCUUCAAAAAACAUGAUGAACGGGUGGUGUUGCUGGAGCGGCCUAAAUCUUGGACUCGUCCGAACACGAUAUUGACGUCUGUUUCAUUAUCUACAGUAUGCGCUCAACCGGUUGUACUGGCUAUGUCAUGCCCGCGCGCGGCAGUUCAAAUCCUCCCCUAGACAACAGGGUAUAU